UUUAGUCAUUUCCUCGCGUGUGAAGUCAUGUGAUUGAACAAAAUGGACGACAAACAAAAACUUUUUAGAAGUAUUUACUUGGCUCGGUUUCCAUGUUUUCACGAUCUCACAUCUACGAUACUGAGAUCUUGUUGACUUUUUAAAUAACUUCCUUUUUAUAUGCGAUGAUUUUUUAUUGAUGCCGCUGAAGUGUACUUAAAUGAUUGUCAUGAUUCAUGUUUUCCUGGAUAUCUACAUACAGGAAACAACAGUGGAGGAUACUGAUACAGUGAAAGAUAUAUUUAUUGAAAUAGAGCCAUUACAGUUCACAGUGAAAGAUAUAUUUAUUGUAAUAAAGCCAUUACAGUUCCAGGAGUAACAUAGAUUGUUAACAAAAAUGAAACUUGCAAUUCUUAAAGUUUUAGUGCUUUCAGCACUCUUUGUGAUGACGUUUGUUCUAGGAAUUAUCCCAAUUAUUCUUGAAAAAAUAUUUCGUAGGAAAGCAAACACUGAAAGUCAUAAAAAUAGAUACAAAACCAUCCUUAGUUUUUUAAGCUGUUUUGCUGCGGGUGUAUUUUUGGGGACGGGCGUGUUAGAUUUGUUACCAUCUGUUAGAGUUGAUAUUGGAACUACAUUAAAUAGCCUGAACGUGUUUACAUCAUUUCCAGUGGCUGAAUUUGUGAUGAUGUUUGGAUUAUUUCUGAUAUUAAUUGUUGAACAGAUUGUUUUAACAUUAAAAGAGAAACAUGCUGAGGAGACGGAUGAUGAAAGAAGACCGCUCUUGGAACCGAAAGAUAUAAGAAGACACUAUUCCCAUUCUGUUGCUAGUGAUCAAUCAGUGAUUGGUGGUAUAAGUGACGAACCUUUUACGUCUAGUUUUCCAGGAACAGGUAGUAGACGUCAUUGUGAUAGUUGUGAAGAAAGAAUAAGUAGGUCAAAUUCUAUUAUGAAUGAAGAUGUUGCCCAUCAGCGUGAAGAAGAUGACAUUUUACCUGAGCAUGAGCACUCUUCAUUAAGAUCUAUACUGCUGCUAACAGCUUUAUCUCUGCAUUCGAUAUUUGAAGGUUUAGCUGUUGGCUUACAAGACAAGGCUGAUGAUGUGAUUGGAAUUUUUGCAGCCCUUGUGAUACAUACUGUUCUAAGCUUUUGCCUCGGUAUGAAUCUCAUUCAAAGUACUCUUUCUCAUGCAGGGAUGAUACGUUCCAUUGUAUUCUUCUCACUGACAGCACCCCUUGGUAUAGGAAUUGGAAUUGGUAUAAUUGAUUUAUGGGAUUCAAAAUCCUCUUUGCUUGUUCAAGGAAUUCUCACUGGCAUUGCUUGUGGAACUUUCUUAUAUGUGACAUUUUUUGAAGUUCUACCAUCAGAAUUUAAUACUCAUGAACACAGACUACUUAAAGUUUUAUUUUUGCUUUUAGGGUUUGCAACAGUAAGUGGUGUUUUAUUCUUGCAUAAAGAUGAUGGACCAACAUGUUUUGUUGUACCUCCAGCAGCUGAGAAAAACUGAUAUAUAUGUAAUGGUAAUUGACUGCAGUGAGUCUUGAUAUCAUAUACCAAUUACCAUUGGUUAAACUAUUGCAUAAAUUAUGUCAUAUGAUACCUAGCUAAAUAGUUCAAGUUUUGAUUUCAAAUUACAUUUAAUGUUUACUUACAAAUAAUCUUUUCAUUGCCAGAGAUAUAAUUGUAUCGGCAUGUAGGCAAAUAAAUGGUAUUGAAGGAUGGGUAUACUGGAUCUUUUAGCCAGUAAAAGAGUUUAUAUGAUGUAUAAAAUGUAUAUCACUGACUAUAUUAAGCAAGUAAAAAUAUUAUAUUACUAGGUACUUUGUUUUAUGUAUGGAAUAAGAGACCAUACCUCAUGGAAACAAUCUAGUCAUUACAUGAAUUGAUUAAAAUGGCUUUUUAAAAAAUUAGUCAAAAAAUAAUUCAUAUCAUUGAGCAUAAAAUGAAGGCCAAGCUCAAAACUUACAACUCACAAUUAUUAAAAUUAAUAAGUAAAAUAACUUGAAAACAUAUCACACAUAAACCAGAAUCUCAUUUUGAGAUAACACAUCCAUCAACAGCAUAUAAAGGGUUUUCCCCCUUUUUGUUGCUUUGGAAAAGGCAAUUUAUUGGGAUUACUUUUGUCAUCGGCUUCAGCAUCCCCUUGUCAGGAGGAUGAAUUGGUCACUUUAAGUCGGAUCGACUCCAAACCUGAUAUGCAUGCUUCUUUCAAAGAAGAAUCGUUACUUUUCAAUUCUUGUUUUUUGAGUUACUGCCCUUUGUUAAUUUUCAUACUUUAUUUUUGUCCUUGCCAAUUCUGCAACAAUUUAAAAGCUAUUGACUUGAAACUUUAUAGGAUGGUGGUUCUCAUUUAGAAGUGCAGUUGUACUCUAGCAUUUCAUGAUUUUUGAGUUAUUGCCCUUUGUUAAUUUUCAUACUUAAUAGGCUUGUGCAGAGCAUAACUUGGUCACUAUAAGUUUGAUUUACUCCAAAUUUGGUAUGCAAGCUUUUUUCAUUGGCCUGAAUUUGGAAUGCACAGGAAUCCAUCACAGAGUCUUCCAUUUGAAUUUAAACUUUUCCAUGGUAUUUUUAUUUUGAUAAUGAAACAGUUUUAUUAAUCCUGACAUAGCAUUGUGAUUGUUACAAUUAGUUCAACUUCAAAUGCCAUUAAAGUUAAAGGUACAUGUGCAUUGCACGAGGAGUGUUAAAAAAAUGACCUAUAUUUAAGAAGAAUUGUCUAACUGACAGCUAUACUGUAUACAAGGCGACGCAUCCGACUCACAGAGUUCUUUUCUGAUUUAUUGUGUAAUAGUUUCCCCUUAGGCCACAGUUUGUUUUGAAAGUUGAAAAAAAAAUCACUUAUGCUAUUAUUUUUUCAGGGCUCUUGCUUGACUCGGAUAUCCCGGUUUUUACUCACUGAGUUUUUUCACACUCAAUAAAAAUGUCAACAGGCUGUAAAACUCCCGUAUAGUGUUUUACACACAGCAUGUUUAUAGCCUGUGCAUUGGAACGUGACUUCAGCCACAGCAAUUUGACGUAGGUAAUUUUAACGAUUUCGAGAACAUAGCCAGCAGGUUAACUGGGAAAAAAAUCUUGGCCAUUAAAAAUUGACUAUUAUUUCAUUUUAAAUUGUCAAAAAUUGCUUCAAACAUUUCUUUUUCUUAUAAAAAUCAACAAUUUGUUGAACUUCCACGGAUAACGGUAUUUUGAUACUUCUUCUAAUGCCUAUGUAAAAACUG